UCAGCAGUUCCCCAAAUUGUUAUCAUUAUCAUGGCGGCUGCUGUUGAUCAUAAAACCCCCGGUUUCGGCGACCUGGAACCGGCCUCCAAUGCCAAAUUUCCGGUUCCACGCUGCAACUCUUUCCGGUCCGCUAGUUUCAAAUUAAAGCGUCCGGCUGAAAAAAGUCUCACCAUUGACGACGAAGAUUCGUCCUUUGAUGGUGAUCAGGAUCAGAAUAGUUACUACCGGGAUUUGAUCCGGAAGGGUAAGGAUGAAAUCGAGCCGUCGAUUCUCGACCCGAGGGACGAGGGCACGGCGGACAGUGGCAUCAUGAGAAACCCUUCCAUGAUCCGCCUCACCGGAAAACACCCUUUCAACUCCGAGCCGCCGCUGGACCAUCUGAUGCGCCACGGCUUCAUCACGCCAGCCCCACUUCACUACGUCCGCAACCACGGUCCCGUCCCCAAAACCGAUUGGGCUAGCUGGACGAUCGAUGUCACUGGUCUUGUCCAAACUCCAACAUCCUUCACUCUUGACCAACUCAUCACUGGAUUCAGGUCUGUGGAAUUUCCGGUUACUAUAAUGUGCUCCGGAAACCGGCGGAAGGAGCAAAACAUGAUGAAACAAACCAUAGGUUUCCACUGGGGAGCCGCCGUGACAUCCACGUCACUGUGGCGGGGCGUGCCAUUACGCGAAGUGCUGAAACGGUGCGGCAUCUUCAGCCGUCAAAGAGGAGCGCUAUACGUAUGGAUGGAAGGCGGCGACGACCUCCCCGGCGGCGGCGGCUGCAGCUACGGAACCAGCAUCAGGAGAGAAAUGGCAAUGGACCCAUCAAGAGAUAUCAUAAUAGCCUACAAGCAAAACGGCGAGGAUCUGCCGCCGGACCAUGGGUUCCCGGUGAGAAUGAUCGUGCCGGGAUUCACCGGCGGCCGCAUGGUCAAGUGGCUCAAGCGAAUCAUAGUCACCAAUAGAGAAUCCGACAACUAUUAUCAUUUUAUGGACAAUCGUGUCCUUCCCUCGCACGUACUGGAUUCCGAGCUGGCCAACGCUGAGGGUAAUAAAUUUAAAAUUAAUCAAGAGAAAUUUAAUUUAUCGGAUUGUUUUUUUUUUUUUUUAUUAAUCAUGUUAUAUAUUUUGAUUUUAGGUUGGUGGUACAAACCGGAAUAUGUAAUCUACGAGAUGAACAUAAACUCCGUCAUAACGACGCCGUCACACGACGAGACGCUGACUAUCAACGCACAAGCGACGCAAACGACGUACACGUUGAGGGGCUACGCAUUUUCCGGUGGGGGGAAGAAAGUGACACGUGUGCAGGUGACGUUGGAUGGUGGGGAGACGUGGCGAAUGUGUAAUUUGGAAUAUCACGAGAAGCCGAACAAAUAUGGGAAAUAUUGGUGCUGGAUUUUCUGGUCUGUGGAGGUUGAAAUUGUGGACCUGUUUAGAGCCAAGGAGAUCGCCGUCCGGGCUUGGGAUGAGACCAACAACACCCAGCCCGAAAACCUCAAUUGGAAUCUCAUGGGCAUGAUGAACAACUCUUGGUAUCGAAUAAAAAUAAACAUAUGCAAGCCGCAGAAGGGAGAGAUCGGAAUAGUGUUCCGCCACCCAACUCUGGCCGGAAACCAGUCCGGAGGCUGGAAGGAAAAGGAAAAGGAAAAGAAUCAGACGGAUGCAGCGCCCGGACCCACGAAGAACACAAUCCCCUCCUCCAAGACUUUCUCCAUGUCGGAGGUGAAAACCCACAACUCGCCCGAAUCCGCAUGGAUCGUCGUCCACGGCCACGUGUACGACUGCACUCCCUUCCUGAAAGACCACCCGGGCGGCGCCGACAGCAUUCUGAUCAACGCCGGCACCGACUGCACCGAGGAAUUCGACGCCAUCCACUCCGACAAAGCCAAAAACAUGCUCGAAGACUACAGAAUCGGCGAUUUAUUGAUCGAAAACAACUCCUCCCCAUCUCCCAUCAAAGAAUUGACGUCAGCGCAGACACCAUCUCGACACGUGGCACUGGUCCCACGAGAAAAAAUCCCGGUCAAAUUGGUAUCCAAGACUUCGAUCUCCCACAACACGAGGGUUUUCAGAUUCGCGCUGCCGUGUGAAGAUCAAAUUCUGGGACUACCCGUCGGAAAGCACAUAUUUUUGUGCGCCACCGUGGACGGGAAGCUGUGUAUGAGGGCGUACACGCCGUCGAGCGCCGUCGACCAAGUGGGUUAUUUUGACCUGGUCGUCAAAGUCUACUUCAAGAACGUGCAUCCAAAUUUCCCCAACGGGGGCCUUAUGUCGCAGUACCUGGACUCGCUCCCUCUGGGCUCGGUGGUGGACGUGAAGGGCCCAUUGGGCCAUAUCGAGUACAUGGGCCGGGGCAACUUCAUGGUUCACGGGAAGCCCACGUUCGCAAAGAAACUCGCCAUGGUCGCCGGCGGGACUGGGAUAACGCCCAUUUACCAGGUGGUGCAGGCGAUUUUAAAAGAUCCUGAAGACGAGACGGAGAUGUUUGUGGUGUACGCGAAUCGGACGGAGGAGGAUAUUUUGCUGAGGGAAGAGCUGGAUGCGUGGGCUGAGAAGCAUGAGAAGCUGAAAAUUUGGCACGUGGUGAAGGAGGGUGGCGGAGAAGGGUGGCCGUACAGCGUGGGGUACAUUACAGAGGGUAUUCUGAGAGAGCAUAUUCCGGCGGCGUCGCCGGACACUUUGGCUUUGGUUUGCGGGCCGCCGCCGAUGAUUGAGUUGACGGUGAAGCCGAUAUUGAAGAAUUUGGAAUAUGAUACGGAGAGUUCGUUGCUGGUGUUUUGAUUUUAAAUUUAUUUAUUUUGUUUACGAAUAUAUAGAAGGGUUAAUAAAGUGGGUCAUGUCAGUGUAAUAAAUUCAAUUCUUAAAUCUCAAGGUCUUUAUUCGUUUGUAAUAUGUUAUUUGAGAUUAUUAAUA